AUGUCGUCGACACCACCGCCGCCAUCACCAACCUCACUUCGAGUUCCUCGAGCUCCGCGCUUCGGCCCCAUGUACGAUGAUUAUGAGCCAUACCCCACACGUUAUUCUACUAGGCUUGCUAGCCAACGCAUUGCCCGGGCUGCCCACACUACGCCACCUCCAAGUCACCCAAAGCCUUCUACGAAAAAGGGCGUUUCUAAAAGAACUCUUUCGCCUCCAUCGCCUGGGACUGUGAAACCCUCGUCUAAAAAGGCACCACACACCCAUGCAUCUUCUUCUUCUCACACUUCCCCUUUCAACUCUUUCUCUUCACAACCCCGCACUUCUGCACGCCAGCAAUCUCGCUCCUCUGCAGAACGUGCUCUACCCACUCCCGUGAAGACUCCUUCUAAAAAGAAGGAUCUUUCCUCUGUCACUACCACUCCUCGUUCUCUUUUCCCUUCAACUGCGACGUCCAAGCGAAGAAAGAUGGACACUCUCGAUGAGCUGGGUGAAGUUCACCCCAUCGGUGGUGCACCUCUCAAUGUCUUUCAGGAUAUAGCUGCCCACACUUCAACUACACCUGCUCGUCUUCCUCGUGGUGGCAAGCCUGCUAAGGUCGCCAUUCAUACUGAUUCCCGUGAUCGCAUCCCCCAGUCGGCUUCGGUGUUUGAUGUGUUCUCCCAGAAGCCUGAAGGCUCUGGCGCUGGACGAGUGACUCGCUCAAUCCCUGUUGCCGAACCAGGUCCCCCAAGCCGGGAUGGUGCUUGGUACGUCAGCCGUGGACAACAACACAUCUACCGAAAGUUUGAUGAUAUGGAGUCUGACGACGACGAAUCUGAUCUUGGGCUGUUUGCCAGUCGUCCUGACCUUCUGGCCAAGAACCCCGACUGCCUGAAGGGUAUCAAGUCGCUCAAGCGAAGCGAGAUCAAGCCAAAGGUCCUUUUCCCUCUUGAUACUACUCCACUUGACACUACUCCUGUCAACCCCGCUCCUCAGUACAACACCGCCGACCGUGUCAAUAACACCAUCGCCUGGAAUUCCGACGAAGAUUAUUACGAACACGAAGAAGAUGUCACCGAUGUGGAGGACUACUACGAGGGUCUUGUUGACGACAUCAGCCCAACUGACGACCCCUUGCUUAAGUCUCCUCCUCCUACGGAACCCAAUGAGACCCCAAUGACCUCUGGAGUCCCCGGUGAAGACCAAGUCAAAGAACCCUCUCUUGGCACCGGCGGCGUUCUCGGCUGGCUGAAGUCUGCCAAGCAGAGGCAGGAUCGUGCCCUGGAGACACCCGCUGAUCGCAUGAAGCGCCACCGAGAGGCACGCGGAAGCCCCCACCCCCGCACCCGGAAGGCCCUGCGCGAUGAGGCUGCGGCCUUGGCCAAAGCUGCUGGUCAGGUCUCCGCCGAGGGAUCCGCUGAUACCUAA